UCCUGAUGAUACUGAUCUAGCAGACUGGUUGCGCACAGCUGGACUCUGCUGGAACUGGAUCAAACUGUGAAGGAGAGAGGUGGAGGCAUAUGGAUCACGUGGAUGGAAAAAACUGAACCUGCAGCAUCAUAAAGUUUCAGUCUAAACCAGAAUGAGAAGAACGACUGGAGGAUCUUGUCAAGAAGCUACAGGACAACAACUUGAUUCCAGUUGUGAAAGCCGAGUGAGUAUGGACCUGAGGAACAACUGAGGCCACGCCUGUCAUGGAGGAGAUGGACGUCGUGGAGGAUGGCAGGAAAGACACAUCCAUGCACCAGCCGGGAUAUCCCCAGGCAGACCCCGCUCUGUUAUACCCCCCUCCUCUGUCCCCCGAGCCGGUCAGCCCGCUGACUCACCUGGGGAAGCUGCUGGUCGGACACGACGUACCGAGGACCGGCGGAUGGGACAGGAGACUGGACCCGGGGUUUCAGUUACUGGGAACAAGAGAACCAGGAAUAGAAGCCCACGCCGACCAGAGCGUCAUCAUCCUGCACGCCAAGGUCGCUCAAAAGUCCUACGGCAACGAGAAAAGGUUCUUCUGCCCUCCUCCUUGCGUUUACAUCAGCGGUCAUGGAUGGAGGGUCAUGCAGGACCAUUUGAAAGCGGCUGGCUACGGAGACUCUGUCUAUCGAGUGUGUGGUUACAUGUGUCUGGACAGCUCCAGUCAGUCUCAGGCAGACACAUUCAAACUUGUCUUCGAUGAACAGCCAAACUCCAGACAGAUGUUCGCUUGUGCCAAGUCCCUGUUCAUCUCUGAUCAGGACAAGAGGAAGCAUUUCCGCCUAUUGCUGCAGCUCUCCUUGGGCAACAGACAGGAAGUGGGUUCCUUCCAGAGCCGGAUGAUCAAAGUCAUCUCCAAACCGUCCCAGAAGAGACAGUCCAUGAAGAAUGCCGACCUGUGUAUCUCAUCGUGCUCCAGAGUAGCUUUGUUCAACCGCUUGCGCUCACAGACGGUCAGCACUCGUUACCUUUCAGUGGACAGAGGAGCCUUCAUAGCCAGCGCCAGACAGUGGACAGCCUUCACCAUCACCUUGGUGGAGGACCAGCGUGCUGAUCAAGGCGACUUUGUGCUGAGCGAAGGCUUCAUCUGUUAUGGCUGUGUGGUCCAGCUAGUGUGUACUGAGUCUGGAGUAGCUCUGCCACCCAUGGUGAUCCGUAAGGUCAACAAGCAGCACGCCAUCUUAGAUGUGGACGAGCCAGUUUCUCAGCUCCACAAGUGCGCCUUCCAGUUCAGAGACAAUCCUCACGCCUACAUGUGUUUAUCCAAUGACACCAUCAUACAGCACCAGGCCACGUCCAGUGUCAGAGACCCCAGCAGAGUGGUGCUGAACGAUGGAUCCUGUUGGACCAUCAUCGGAGUGGAAGCAGUGGAAUUCACCUUUAAUCAGAGUCUGGCCUGCAUCCAGACACCAGUCAGUCCUUUUCCUGUUAUCACCGGGUUAGAGGUGAACGGUGGAGGACACGUUGCCAUGUUGGAGAUCCACGGAGAAAACUUCAACCCUCAUCUCAAAGUCUGGUUUGGCAACAGCGAGGCCGAGACCAUGUUCAAAUCUCCCAAAUCUCUGCUCUGUGUUGUUCCUGACGUCGCUGUUUUCAGUGACGGCUGGCGCCGUCUGCGACGCAUCAUCACCGUCCCUCUGUCUCUCCUCCGAUUGGAUGGCCUGAUUUAUCGCACGCCCUUCACUUUCACCUACACCCCUGAGUUCCAGCGACCUCCGCCUGUGCGAGGAGGAGGAGGCGGAGCAGCCGGAGGAGGAGGCAAGAGAGAAGGAGGGAUGGAGGGAGACCAGGAGGAAGACGUCCUGUUAGAGACCAUCCAUCAGGAGUUCACCAGAGCCAAUUUUCACCUCUUCAUGCAGAGUUAACUCACCUGCAGCUUCCAGGUGAAUGUUUGGAGCAAAGUCUGAUUAUCAGGUUGAAGUCACAGCAAGGAACUGAUUUUCAUUUUGGAUCGAUGCUCGUCCUCUCAGUGACCUGUAUGCAAAUUCUGACCCAACAUUGGAGUCACAGACUUUUCUCUGGAUCAUAACAUUCCCUCUUUGCCCUUUUAAUCUUUGUUAAUGUUCAUUGGACCAGAAUAUUCCAUUCUGUCAGAUAUAACUGUCAACAAGAUAAUUAGACGUCAUGCACAGUAAAUUAUGGGAAAUUAUGGAAAAUUAUUUUCCCACCACAAAGCCACAAAUAUACAUAUUAAAUCCAGUCGACAAUUCCUCCAAAUUACUGAGAUUGAGAAAAGGCAACAUUGUGAGUUUGAAGUGAACAACACUGUAGCGCAGUUCCUGCUGUUAGGUGCUUUUUCCCCCCAAGAAUCAUAUUUUCUUGUGAUUUCAUGUGUGAUUUUUGGAUAAUGUAACUAUAGGCUUGUUUGCACUGCAACAUUUUUUAAAAAUUGUAGUUGGAAAGUGAAAAUCAGUGAGAGCUGAGACUUCAUUUAAGAUAAAUUAACCCUUGAGGACGUCUUACCUGAGUGUCAGAAUGUGAAUUCUUUGCAUAAUUUCAGCUACCGGAGCCUCCACAUCUAUCAAGUUUAGGGUGCACUUGUGGUUUGUCACUUUGACUCAGCAGAGUUGGAUUUAAGACUCCUGUUGUGCAAAAUAUUUGCCUUUCUGAAGCGCCGUUGAUCCAGACACCGACUCCCCGCCACCACCAGCUGCGCUCCAGCAACCUUUGACCUUCAUGAAGUCAGGCAAGCAAAAAGAGACUCUUCCUACAGACAUCCAUGAAGUUAUACAUAUUAUUAUACCACUUAUCAUUAAUAACAAAUCAUGUUUAAAUGCAGCAGUUACACUCGAUCUGAUAUUUGUGGCUACCAGAAAGAUGUGAUGUGUAUACAAUGUGUUCAAUGUCACGGUGAGAGGGAAUAAAACAGCCGAGAGUGGAGAAUGAACUGUGCAUACCUCAAAGAAAAACACAGGGAGCUAUAGAGAACUGUAGCGUGAUAGACGGAGCGAACGCAGCGAGCAGGAGGAUAUUUUUCUGGAGAAUGGACACGCGAGCCGAGGGCAGCGUGUUGUGAGAGAAAGCAGCAGUGAAACACUUUCUGCUUCCUAUUGGAUCCUUUGAGAAACAGCUUUCAACUCAAUAUUCUGUCAGACGAACAUAACCUGAGUGUGAUGUGAUCCAUCGCUGUGUGUGUGUGUGUGUGUGUGUGUGUGUGUGUGUGUGUGUGUGAAUGGCACUUUGUUACUCAUCUGUAACUGUAAUAAUUCACGUGGGUUUAGCUUCUCCCAGAGGAUGUUUUCAAUUACUUUACCAUCAGAGGUUCUGGUGAGUGAUGUAAAAGUCUUAAUACAUUUUUGAAUGAGUUCAGCUGAGUUUAGUGUCGGGAAAUUCAUAAAUAUUAUACAACAUCUUGUAAAUUGUCGGCGUUGGUUGCGGCUGAAGUUUAAAAAUGAAAAAAAUCUGAAGGUGUGGAGUUAGAAGUGAGGUUAAACCUCUAGCAGCUAGCAGCUCCAGGCUACAUUAGCUGCUGCUAGCAGUGCAGGUGAACACAGUCCAGUUGCCUUGUGGGUAAUGUAGGUGUCACGUUUUGACAAGGAAUAAUUAGUCGGCCGCUAGAUGGCAUGAAUGUAAUUGUAGGUUGUUUUUUCUGGCCUGAAUUUUAGAUCUAUACUGUCGUUUUUCUUAUGAGGACGAGCUGCUAAAACAGUUACAGG